AUGUGGGCUCCACUAUCAAACAUACGUUCACAAUUACUAGUAAAACUAUACUUAGGGAUCAAUCGAACAAAGCAUGUCCAGCACUCGCAUGCCCACAGCCGUUAGCACUGAUAGAGGAAAUCGGAGAUAUAAAUAAAUGCAGAGAUAUACCAUGUUUGUGAAUUGGAAGCCUAAGCAUAGUGAAGAUGUUCAUUCUGCCCAGAUUGAUAGAUCGAUUUAAUGCAAUUCCUGUCAAAACCCAGUCAGGGUUUGUUUUCUUUUGUAGAUUGAUAGACAAGAUGAUUCUAAAGUGUAUGUGGAUAGACAAAGGAAUGAAGAGUAGUUUCAGAAACAAUUUUGAAAAUAAUAAUAAAGUGGGAACAUGCAGUCUACCCAGUUUCAGAACUUCUGCGAUAGUUUUACUAAGGACGAUUGUGUGGUAUCUGCAGAAGGACAGACACAGAUCAAUAGAACAGAACAAAGAACCCAGAAAGAGUCCCCACAAAUACGCUCAACUGAGUUUUGAAAAGGGAGCCAAAGCACUUCAGUGGGGGGAAAGCUGGCCUUGCGACAGACUACAGCCAUUUCAAGCUUGUGAUGAACACACAGACGCCAGACUCAGAAAACAGCACCAGGAGCGAAGGAAGACGGGGCUUUGACGGCGGUCCCGCCAGGUGGUGACGGGAAAGGAGGGGUAGACGGUGCCCAGGGCUCUGUGGGCGGGGCCAGAGGAGGCACCCAAGGGGCGCGUCCGCGGGCCGAGCGGGCGGGAAGCUGUCCAAUCAGCGUCUGGGCAGAAGCGCCAAUGAGCGGGAAGGUUGUUGGGCGGUUGACGUGAGCGGCGGGUCUGAGCCCCGGCAGCUGAGCGCGGCGGAAGCGAGCCCUCCUUCCCUCUCCGAGGCUGGCUCGUCCCCCCAGCGCCCGGGGACCCGGUUUCGUUGUUCUCGGUGGGGACAGCACCCCGGAACCUCCACGGCCAUGGGCGCUCGUCCGAGGACGGCCUCUUUCAGCUCCUGUUCGUCCUCCUCGACAGACCCAGACGACGAGGGAGUGCGCGGCCCUUGCGAAGAUGCUUCUCCGUGCAGAGGUGAUUAAACACUUAAGGCCUUGCGGAUCUGCUGAGGAAAGCAACAGCGCUCACAAGAAGGGAAACAAACUCAAAGUCUGUGUAGGUACAAAGUCUGUUGCGCGUAAGACUUUGCUUCCUGCCUUCCAUUUAUAAGCAAGAAUAAACGCAACAGGAAAUAGGAACCCAAAACUGAGACUAGAGGACGUAAAAGAACAACAAUAAAAUUAAAAAUGAGAGGUAGAGCAUAUCUUCAAGGCCCGUAUGCAGCAUGCAGUUAAAAUUCCCAACUUGAAAACCGAUGCUGAGAGUAUUGGAUUGAGUCUUGCAAUUGCAGAUAUAUACAUUGUAGGUACAUAUAUAUGUACAUACAGGGCACCGCAUAUCUAUCUAUCUAUCUAUCUAUCUAUCUAUCUAUCUAUCUAUCUAUCUAUCUAUCUAUCUUACAUGCACUGUGUAUCCCUACAGAAGCAGACACACAUACACACCGACACCAUAUCAGCAACUGAAGUGUUGGGGGAGGGAUGGAAGUCCAAGUGGGUAAGUAGGUUUGCAAAGCAAUGGAAUUAAGUUUCCUCCGAGGUUGCACAGCUUGAGGAAACAACCUCGACCUCUGUCUGUAAGCGGUGCCUUCCACAGAGGGUGCUUCUGAGGGCUGUACGUGUUCCUGUUUGUCCAGCGUGUGGAAUAAUGCCUGGCAUUGUAGCCAGCACUCAUGAGUGUUGAUGAGAAGUGAAAUGAAGCAGCCCCAGCCUGGACCCUCACUGGCUGGAAGAGCGGGGAGGGCCCCUUCCCAUUCCCUCCGGUGGAGGGCAUGUCACACCUUUCCUAGCAAGUUCCCACCGUUGCAGGGGACGCUCCUGCCGAAGGGGCCAAGUCAGUCAGUGCUUCUUGAAUGAACUGGUGGCUGCAGCAGAUCAGUGUUUCCCACGGGAGGAAUGGGAGAUGACUUGAGGUGGCACCCAGAUAGAAGUUUUACAUUUUAAUAGGUAUUUAUUACAGGGUGUGUUAGAAGAAAAUAUUAGGUAGCACGUCAGACCUGGGUACUAAAAAGAAGUGAAAAUUGCAGGGAACACUGGAUUGAAUAAACCCUGAGAAAAGGUCUUUCUAAAUAUGGGAUCUUUUUUUUCCUUCUUUAAAGAUUUUAUUUCUUUAUUUUGACAGAGACAGUGAGAGCGGGAACACAAGCAGGGGGAGUGGGAGAGGGAGAAGCAGGCUUCCCGCUGAGCGGGGAGCCCGACGCGGGCCUCGAUCCCAGGACCCUGGGAUCAUGACCUGAGUCGAAGGCAGACACUUAACGACUAAGCCACCCAGGCGCCCCUAAAUAUGACAUCUUAAGUCAAGCAGAGAAAGUCACUUAUCAUAUGGUUUUACUUACUUGUGGAACAUAAGGAAUUGCGUGGACGACUUUAGGAGAAGGAAGGGAAAAAUGAAGGGGGCGAGAUCGGAGGGGGAGACUAACCAUGAGAGACUAUGGACUCUGAGAAGCAAACAGAGGGUGUUAGAGGGGAGGGAUGUGGGGUGAUGCGUUAGCCCGGUGAUGGGUAUUAAGGAGGGCACGUAUUGCAUGGAGCCCUGGGUGUUAUACGCAAACAAUGAAUCAUGGAACAACUACAUGAAAAACUAACCGAUGUACUGUAUGGUGACCAGCAUAGCACAAUAAAGAAAAAAUAAAUAAAGAGAUCUUUCAUUCUUUGGGUUUUAUUUUAUCUAUUUAUUUGUUUAACUUUUUGAGAGCGAGAACACAUGUGAACGGUGGUAGGGAGGGGAGGGGAGGGGAGAGAGAAAGAUCCCAAGCAGGCUGCACGCCCAGUGCGGAGCCAGACGUGGGGCUCCAUGUCAAGACUCUGAGAUCACAACCUGAGCCUCAGCCAGGACUCGGUUGCCCAACAGACUGCGCCACCCAGGCGCCCAGAUUCACUCUUGAUGUGUCCUGCAGUCACUGUGCACCAUGUUGGAGUUGUCAUUAUCUGUGCACGUGGACGUGCUCGGUCUUCCUCGUGGCGUGGCUGGACCGCUGCACCUGCAGCCCCUGGCUGCUUCGGUCCACGUACCAUUUAAGGGCCAUUUGAAGAAGGAGCGCAAAUCCCGAUUGCUAUUCCAGAACCAUCCGUUGAGACCUUCUGACGAGAUCAAGAAAGACAGAGGAACACAGCCUACACCUGGAGGGUCGGGAGCUUGGAAAGCAAUCUCAGAGCCGGUGAUGGCGAUCUCUUCAGAAACUCAGCCUCGCCAGUGCCCUUGGCGGCUCGAAGUCCUCUGCCCUGUUUCUUAUAUUGCACAUAUGAGUGAAACCAUUUGAUAUUUGACUUUCUCGGAUUGACUUAUUUCGCUCAGCAUAAUACCCUCCAGUUCCAUCCGUGUGCAUGUAAAUGGAAUAGAAGGAGGAAUUCACAACAAAAGAAAGAACCGGAGGAUGUACUCUCUGCCAUAGAUCUAAUUGAUAUGGACACAAUUGAGCUGAGCCUAAACCAAGAGUUGGCCGUUCAACUGACUGAGCCACCCAGCUGCCCCUCCAUUUGGUUGAAAUGAGAGAGACACAGUGAGAGAUGGAACACAAGCAGGCUUCCCGAGGAGCAGGGAGCCCGAAGUGGGGCUCGAACCCAGGACCCUGGGAUCAUGACCUGAGCCAAAGGCAGAGGCUUAACGACUGAGCCACCCGGGUGCCCCCGUCAUUUUAUUUUAUAUUCCUCUUAUUUUGGGGGGUGAAGUUGAAGAUCGUUUUUAUAUGUUUAAGAGCCAUUUAUAUUAUCUUUUACAGUGAACUGUCUGGUCAAGUAAGGAAUUCCUUUCUUGACCUUAGUAAAAUGAUAGUAACACUGUUAGGCUCUGAAGUCCUUUCUAUCAAGGCAGUGAAGGGAUUUGAGAUGGGAGGGUGACUUAGUCAGAUUGAGAAAGUGACCAAAUGACCACAGUCCUUGGGCAUGCAGGGAAUCCUCACCCUAAAGAUGGAGCCUAUGGGUAGAUUCUGUAAGAAAUGGAAAGAAAGUGCAAAGUGGUGGUUCCUGAGAAUAAGGACAUGGACCUUACUUGGAGCUGAGGGUGAACCCAGGCAUCAGGGAGAUGGGGCCAGGCCUGGCUAAGAGGCCUGAAAUCCUCUCUCCCAGGCUCCUGAGGCAGCUUUCCUAACCAGGGCUACAGAGGUGGGAACCCAAGUUGGGGCCCUGGGAGCUAGACGCCCCAGGCAGGGUGUCAGCCGGCCUUCCUUCCUUCUUCCUCUGCAUGGGCUGGCAUCUCCAGACCGGACCCCCUAGGAGAGGGCUUCCCAGGCAACAUGUGGUGAGCAUCUUUAAAGUUUUGUUCCAAUAAUCUCUCUGUUGUGGACGAUAUUCUAUAACAUACAUGAAAAAUGAUUUCCUAGAAAGAUAAAAUGCAAGAGACACAUCAAAUAGAAGCUCAAGUUAUUUAUGAGGAGAAUCAAUAGACGUAGAAUUCCUAUGUCACAUUGCAGUAAGUUUCUAAAUGCUACUGAAAUUUUGUUCUUAAAGUAGUUAUACUUUAAGCAACAGGGCUUUAGAACAGAUAUUAUCUUCCAUUUCCCCCACUUAGAACAGAUACUGUUUUCCAUUUUCCCCCCUUUUAUUCCUCAUCGCCUUCACUCCAGCUCCCCAACCCACAGCUGAACCAGUCCAUUUAUUCGGCAACGUUUGCUCAUGCCUUCCCCUCCCGCAGACGGUCUAUGAGGCCACUUUAUAAACAGGGGCUCUUACCCACACAGGAUGGAGAGGAAGGGAACGUGGUGGAAAUACGGCUUUUCUUUUCUUUUUUUUUUUUUUUUUUUGCUUUGACAUUUAUCUGCCCCAUUUCCUGACCCCAGAAUCUUAUUUUCGUCAUGAUCUCGCAUUGUUGAGUUUUCACAGAGUCUUGAGAGGCUUACACCUAACCAAGAGAAAGUACAUUUCCAAGAGGAACAUUUAGAUCUGAUUUUUCAUGUAAAACCCUUGUCUUUCUUAUGUAAAAUUAUGGGACUUUUUUUUUUUUUAAGAUGGUUAAUUCCACCAUCAAGUAGAUUGUACUUACUUGAGUUCAAACAGCUUUUUAAAAAAAAAAAACUGGGUGUUACACGCAAAUCAUGAAUCAUGGAACGCUGUAUCAAAAACUACUGAAGCACUAUAUGGUGAUUAACAUAACCGAAAACAAAAAACAAGAGAAUGUGAAAGUCACUCUUUCUCCCAUGAAGUCCACAGAUAAACCGCUGACCCCAAAGAAGAGCAGAAGAGUCCUCAUUGGCUCUUCUCCUGGGCUGGGCUCUGCAGGGAUGAUUUCCAACCUGACUGAGCGAUAGCUUGUCUCUGUCUCUCGGGAUAUUUUGCUCGAGUCCAUGGCAUCAGCCAGCUGCUGAAGGCAUUUCUACGGAAGACAGAAUGUCAUUAUCAAAUUCUAAAUCUUGGGGCUGGGGUAGAUACCACCUUCUGGAGAUUAAAGGUAAAUGAAAAUUCCCCUUCUUCUUUCCCGAAUUGUUUCAUUCGUGAAGGUGCCCGCCUGGUUCAAAAAUGUUAAAAAUAUAUUCAGAAGGAAUGCAGUGACUGCCUGUCUCGCGCCCCUGUCCCCAGCUGCUUGCACCUGCUGCCACCCUCAGCCACAUACGUGAUGUCCCCAGGGCCUCGCUGAAGGAUAGGUGCCUGGCUUCCCAUCCUUUGCUGUUGCAACAGGGGUUAUGAUAAAAAAAAGUCCUUGUAGACAUGUCCUCAGCACGUGUGGAAGAGCCCUGCCAGUGGAAUUGUGAGACCCAGAGCCCCUGCAUCUGCCAUAUUGACGAUAAGGAAGAGGUUUCCUUUUUUAUUAUGUUAUGUUACUCACCAUUCAUUACACCAUUAGUUUUUGAUGUAGCGUUCCGUGAUUCAUUGUUUGUGCAUCACACCCAGUGCUCCGUGCAGAACGUGCCUUCCCCAAUAUCCAUCACCAGGCUACACCAUCCUCUCACCUCGCUCUCCUCUAGAACCCUCAGUUUGUUUUUCAGAGUCCAUAGUCUCUCAUGGUUCAUCUCCCCCUCCCAUUUCCCCACCUUCAUUCUUCCCCUCCUGCUAUCUUCUUUUUUUUUUUAACAUAUAAUGUAUUAUUUCUUUCAGACGUACAGAUCUGUGAUGCAACAGUCUUACACAAUUCACAGCGCUCACCAUAGCACAUACCCUCCCCAAUGCCUUAUCACCCAGCCACCCCAUCCCUCCCACCCCCCACCACUCCAGCAACCCUGAGUUUGUUUCCUGAGAUUAAGAAUUCUUCGUAUCAGUGAGGUCAUACGAUACAUGUCUUUCUCUGAUUGACUGAUUUCGCUCAGCAUAACACCCUCCAGUUCCAUCCAUGUCUGAUAACGAUGAUUUUAUGGUCGUCAUGACAGUGUCCUCGGUACGGUUUGAGGAUGUGCAAGGCUGGGUGAUGGUGAUAUGAAACAAAGGCCUUUUGUAGCUGUUCCCUGAUUUGGUCCCUCACCUGCUCUGUUAGGGGGCAAGAACAGGUGUAUGUAACUACGCUCAUUGACGGGAAAGGCGACGGGUCUGGUUAGUGGCAGAACCAGGACAAUAGGACUGCAGCUCCUGCAAGUCCGGGUUCCUUCCCUGUUCUCUACACAGGGCCUUGUGCUUGUUCAGGGGAAUCUUUGCGGUCUGUCGAUUCACGGUGUGUGUGUACCUCAGGCCCCACGUCUGUGUCCCGUGUCAUAAGUCAUAAAGGCACAGCCACGGCGCUUACUAGGGCAGGUCCUGCUGGGAGAGUCUCCCGUGUAUGUAUUUCCUCAGGAAUCCUCACAACCCCGUGAGGUGCUAUCACUUUCUCUACUGUGCAGACGAGGAACGCUUGGCCCGGGGAGGUGAGUGACUUCCAGCGCCUCACAGCAGACACGUGGUGGAGCUGGGAUCGGAAGCCCAUUCCCCGGCUCCAGAGUGCCGGCCCUUUCCCCCCACCGUGCUCUCCUCUCACAGAAAAAGUAGUAGUACCACAAGCUGGUGCUCGCCCUCACAGUGUGGGGUGCUUUGUGAUAUUUGCUCUUGUAUCCUAUUUGAUCCCCUAAAUGCUGGUUCCCCCCCCGCCCCCCCCCCACAGUGGUUUCCUGACCCUCCCUAAUCUGUCUCAGUCUGGGUUUUGGAAAAGUCUGUUAGGUUCUACUUCCCCAGCACCUCUCAGUGCGUCCCCACCUCUCAGUGUCCAUCCCCGUGGCGGCUGCCCCAGUUCAGGCUCCCCAUGACUUCUUCCCUGGACCUUCUUCCUGGAUGGCUGUGAGAUCCUCCUAACUUUUGUCCUCCGUCCGUUCUCCAUGCGGAGACCAAAGUCACCUAAAAAAUACAUUUCUGACCAUAGUGUUCGUAAUUUAAGGCGCUAAGUCCACCUUUGCUGUUUGGGGCCUAGUGUUCAGUCCAUGAAGAUGGUCGGUCAAUGUAUGAGGGAAUGCAGAAUUAGAAAACGUACUGUGUAUUUGUCCUCAGGAUGAAGAUCUUCUCCCAGGUAAGUAUUCUGAGGUCGACUUUCCAAUGAUAGUCACGAGAAAGCCGCACAGCACCACCGAACCUCACUGUGGGGUUGCUCACAAGGUCCUCGAUCUUGGGACGAGCACGUGGCCCUGCAAUGCUCUAUGAAUGGAGAACACACAGGAUGGACGUGCCAUGCACACACGUGCUUUGGUCAGACUGAACUCCCCUUUUGACCCCACUAUUGGGGAAAAAAAGAAGCAAAAGCUGUGGAAAACUCACACUUUCAUAUGUCUGCCAGCCUAAAGAGUAGGUCCAGUACAGCCACCUGCCCCAAAGACGUUGAAAGAUGUGCCCCAGAUAACGGGGCACAUGACAGUCACCUGCAGGAGCUCUCAGAACCACCCGUCGUUCCUGUUGCAGCAGCCUGAUGGUCUACCAAUUCCGGUCUGUUCUGUCAUUUCAUAAUCGAUCAUGUUUCCUGUCAAGCAUUAAAGCAGCCCCAAAGAAACCUGGAGAAGAAUCGGCUCCCAAAUCCAAAGGGAGAAAGGCUUUUUCAAAAGCUAUUCAAAAUUAAACUAAAAGUCGUCCCAAGGCGUUUCCACAAUUCUUUCCUCGCAGUUCCCAAUUUCUCAAUGUCAAGGUCUUGGGCAGUCCGGUCCACAGGGGCCCGGCUUUGGAGACAGCGGCACCUCUACAGUGCCUGGAUGGACGCCCGAACCUCGUAGGCGGAUCCGAUGGGCUCUGAUGGCCCCUUACUUAUUUAGUGCCAUGAGGCACUGGGAGGUGGAGGGUCUGCAGCGGCGGGGCGACCCGGAAAGCCUGAGGCCAUCGCCCGCAGAGCACAGCGUCCGCUCGGCCUGGGGCUCACUGGUUCCCGGAGUUUUCAGCCAGGGCAAAGCCCGGGGGAGGGCAGGGGAAGGCUCGGGUCCAGUGCGCCCAGGGCGAUGCUGGGUGGGGCCUGGACAGAGGGCGACGGGGACAGCCGACCCACCCAGCUGCUCCCCAGGGGCUCGGGCAGCGGCACCGAGCCGGGCUCCAGGUCUUGGCGUGGCGCAGCCCCAGGCCCAGACCCCGAGGCCUGAUGUGGGGCGGCGGCAAGGGACAGAGCGCGCGACCAGGAGAGCAGCCGGCCCUCCCGCGCCCGAGCCUGGUCUGGGCUCCUGCCGAUCCGGAUCGACGCGCUCGCCUGCCCACGGUCUGGUUGGUCAGCUGCUUCAUGCAGCUGGAUUGCUUCUUGCUGGCGGCGGCGGCGGGGGCCGGCACGGCCAGGGCCGGGCAGCUCGAGGAAUCGCCCGGGGGGAGGGGGGCCGACGUCGCUUCAUGUCCACCCGAGGCGGCAGUGGAAGCGGCUGUGGGCCCGGCGCCCCCCCCCUCGCCGCCUCUCAUCCAGUGGCGCGGCAGGUCGGGGCCUUGGGAGGCCAGACCCGGGACGCGGUACCCAGCCCGUCCUCCACCCAGGGCGGGAACCCCGGGGCCGCCCUGUGCAGGGCCCGGAGGCCCCCUCUCGGGCACCGCCACCGCCGCCCGCGACCCCCUGCCGGGUCCAGCCGCACACCUCCGCGAGGCAGCGGAUGCGCGCAGCGCACGGAGCCACCGGUGAACCGCCAAACCCCGGUGUGGGACGCACUGUCCCCGCAGAGCUGGCAGGGCACGGAAGGACGGAACACUCUGGAGCCUCUGGAGGCUGGAAAUGCCCAAAGUCUCCUUGAGGGCCGUGCCUCUGCGCAGGUGUAGAUAUUUGUCAAAUGCACCUAGGAUCUGCUCUCCUAGGUGAAUGGAUGCAUUGCAUGCAUUGCAUGCAUUGCAUGCAUUUCCUGGGGGAAAGUCCAGGGCCAGAUGCAUUUUCUGUGGGCGGGCACCUGGGGGCAGUCAGGCAGGAGCACUCGCUAGGGGCCCACCCAGGACAGCCAGGAAGCGGGGAACAGGGGAAGGGGCCCAGCCCUGCGUGGGAAGUCGUGGGGCUGAGCGUCUGGGACCGGGACCGGUGGCCAGAGUCGGCCCUGGGAAGGCCCAAGGUCUCGGGCUUUCCUAGCAACGUGGCCUGCGCAGGGGAGGCGCGUGCCGGGCCCGCGCAGGCGUUGCCUAGAAACGCCUGUUGUCUUCUGAUUCUUAGCCUGGCGCAAGCAGGCGUUCUGGGACACUUGGCGGGGUAGUCCGACUGCGCUGGACGCUUUUCCACAGCGGACCGCGACAGUUAUAUGACCCGCGAAGAUGUGCUCCUGGGUUGGUGGCCUGGGCUCUGGCCUAGGCCAUUCCCAGGGAGGAGUGGAUGGCAGUGAGACUUCCUUGACCGGCUCCAACUCGGAUCUCACCAUGGACUUUGGUGAUGUCAUAUCAUCUCAGACAGAAAUCAAUAGACUCCUCAAUGAGAUCCAAAGACUGGAGGCUGAUCUUACACUUUGGAAACAUUUGUCCAAGGGACCGAAUAGCUCAGACUCCAAUGCCAUCUGGAAACUGAAGAGCACCAUCAGGGACCUAGAAGAGAGGCGGAUGAGGGAGAUCGAGGAACAUCAACUCGGAGUUGCGAUACUGCACAGUGUCCAUCAAGAAAAACUGGCCGACAUCACUGACAGGCACCGCAAACAACUCCUCGAGUAUGAAAGACGGAUAGAAGACCUGCAACAUCAAGAGUCUGCCAGUCAUGGGAAAGAUGACUUACUUCAAGAAAGGGAAACUGAGCUUAGAAGGUUGAAGCAACAACUUGCAGAAAUGGAGCGGCUGAAUGACCGUUUAAACAACGUUGCUUCUGAUCUCAGAGCAGAAAACCAAAAGUUGGUUUUGGCGCUCCAGGAUGUAAGACAUCAGCUGGAAGAAUCUAUUCUCCGGAACAACGAGGAUUCUCUGGAAAACAACACUGCUGUGAGGGCUUUAAAAAUAGAAAAAGGACGGUUAAUAGCAAAAUUGGCUCGGGCGGAAAAGAAGCUGUUGGAGGAAACAAACAAGGAUGAGCAAACUAUCAAAGAUUUGUCCCCUUUAGAGCAUGUGCAUUGCAUUCAACACAGUCAAGAGAAAGACCUGGAAAUAGUACACCUCAAAAAGAGGAUCGAGCAGAUGGACGCCGACCAUACAGAAACGAAGGAAAUGCUGUCCUCUGCUCUGGAGGAGCAGAAGCGAUUGACACAACUCGUUAAAGAGAAAGAGAUGUAUAUUGAAGAACUUACAGGAAGUCCAGAGCUUCAGGAGGAAUUCGGUCAGUCUACCCAAACCUUCAGAAGUAAUGACAUUUCCCAGCCAUCCGUGGAGGACAAAGACAGGUGUCUCCCAUCCGUGACAGGCGAAAAUCCUCAUCUGAGAGAAGAACUGGAGAGCCUAGGACAACAGAGUCGCUCUGUUCCUGCGCUCGACCCUAAAAUCCUAGACGAGAUCGUAGAACUGGAGUGUGAGGUGUUUCAACUCCAGGAGUUAAAGGAUGAUCUCGAGGAGGAAAUCAGAGAGCAGCAGAAGAUCAUUCACAACCAGCAGCAGGGGAAGAUAGGACUGCUUCAUUCUUUACAAGAGCAGAAGCAGAAAGUGGAGCAGCUCCAAUACCAGCAGGAGCAGAUGAAUAUUGAACACGCUCAGCUCCUUUCAGCGAAAGACGAGGAGAUUCAGCAUUUGCAGGACACGAUAGACCAAAUGAAAGCCCGGUUGCCUGACAAAAGCCAGCACAUUCCGACAGAAGACUGUGAUGAUGUGGAAGUCCCAACCAGUCAGCCUCUUCCCAGACAAAACGCAAGUGAAAAGCUUGAUUCACGUGAAGCCGAAACUCAAAUAUCAGUCCUAGGAAUCAAAGAACACGAACUGGAGAUGAAGCUUCUAACUGAACAGAACAUCCGACUGACGGAACAGAUCGAUCGGCUCUCCAAAGAGGAGAUUGGUAAACUAACUCAGAUUAUCCAGCAGAAAGACUUGGAGAUUCAGGGUCUUUCCAGCAGGAUCUCUGCGGCUUCUCACAGCCAGAACGGGGACGUGGAGCGACUUCAGCGGCAAUUGCAAGAGUACGCUUGGAAAAGCGAACAGGUCUUGGCGGUCUUAAAUGAGAAAACGAGGGAGAACAGCAAUCUGAGGACAGAGUAUGACAAAAUGGCGGAUAGGAUGGCUGCCACAGAAGCAGACCUCCGGCGGAUGCAAGAGGAAAAUCAAAAACUGUCCACUAGAAUGGACAGUAGUGGUCAGGAGAUGUUUAGAGAAACGAUUCAGAAUUUAUCACACAUCGUUCGAGAAAAAGACCUCGAAGUGGAUGCGUUAAGUCAGAAAUGUCAGACUUUAUUGACACUCCUGCAACCCUCCAGCCCUGGUAAUGAGGUUCGAGGCGUUCAUAUGGAUCAGUUCAAGCAGCUUCUACAGGAACGGGACACAUUAAAACAGCGAGUGAAGAUCAUGGAAGAGUGGAAACAGCAGGUGAUGACCACAGUCCAAAAUAUGAAGCGUGAGUCACCCCAGCUUGAGAGAGAGCUGGCACAACUCCAGGCGCGGGCUUUCACCAGCAGCGAGAAGGAUUCUGAACUACCGACGACCUCUAGUGACCUGAUGCAGACGUACAAAGGCAAUGAAAUAAAAUUACAACAUUUAGAGAAGGAACUGGCACAAAUUCAGCUCAGCAUCGGGGAGCUUUGCAAUGCCAAGGAUCUCCUUCUAGGGAAACUGGACGUGAUUUUCCUCGAGCCCUCCCCCGACUGCUCAGAGUCAGCGGACUCUCUGGAGCCCGUGAAAUCUGACAGAGUGGGUGAGGCUUCUGAGUUGCUCCAAGUGGAGGUAGAAGAGCUGAGAAAAUCAAUGCAAGAAAAAGAUAGGAUGAUUCGAACCCUCCAGGAAGAUAAGCAGAGAUGGACUGAUUCAGUGGCUGCCACGUGGGAAGGAGAAGGCCCAGAACAGGAACACAGGGAUUCCGACAUCGAGCAGCUGAAGGAGAAACAGGCCGUUCUACAAAACUUCAUUCGGGAUCAGGAGCUCCGAAUCCAAGCGAAAAGUGAGGACUUGCUUUCUUUGCAGGAGAACUUCCGUAGCCAAGUGAGUGAAAAUGAACUUUUGAGGCAGACGGUCACCAAUCUGAAGGAGAGAAUAGCAGAGUUGGAAAUGGAUGUGUGUCAACCGAGAGAGGAAAAUGCAAAAGUCGAGGAAAACUCUCGAGAAAAGGCAGUGGGAGAUGAGGCACUGCAAGAGACAGAUAGGCUGCUUUCAGUGAUGCGGAGAGAGGAGGAAUCCCAGGGUGCUGCGAUGAAAGAGAAGGCACUUGCUUUGGAGCAACUAUCGCAAGAGAGAGAAGAGCACGAGACCGGGGUAUUGAACCGGCCGGUCAGUGCAGUUCCAUCAAUGCAGGGAAAGACAGUUCUGUGCCAACAGGGGAGAGAUGAAGUCCUGUUGGCCCUGACACAGAAACAAAUGGAAACCUGUGCCCUCCAGAAGGAGGUUCGCCAUUUACGUGAGAGCGAAUUACGCCUAACCCAGGAGCUGGAGAGACGGCGACACCUCGCUCUAGAAGCCGAAGACGCUCAUCGCCGGGAAGCUCUGGCCUCAGAAGACAAAGUGGCUCAACUCAGGAAGGAAGUGACGGUCUUGCAGGGAAGACUCGUUUUGUCUUCCACUGCCAUGGAAAAUGCCAGCCGAGGAGCCAGUCUGCAGGUAGAGUCGCUGCAGGAGCAACUGCACGUGGUGACCCAGCAGAAAGAGGACACUGCGCUCCAGCUUGCUGCCUCGCAGGAAGAAGGAAGGCAGUAUGGUCACAUCCUAGCUGACCUCAAGUUGGAACUCGCCGAAUGGAUGGAAAAGGCAGACAGCCUCGAAGGAAAACUGAAGUCAUUGCAGGGACGAUUACAUAAAACAAAUGCUGACUUGGAGCUGAAGGAAGACCAACUCCAAGAAUUCCAGAAACAGAAUGAGGUCCAGCAGGAAAUCCUGGAGGACACACAGAAGAAACUGAUGAACUUAGUCAGUAAGUCCGAAGGAAUGGUGGACAAAACCCUACUAAGGAGACUCUUCCUGGGAUCUUUCCAAGCCCCUGACGCUGAACGGCAGGAAGCCUUAAGGUUGAUGGGAAGCAUGCUGGGGAUCCGAGAAGACCAGAUGCGGCAGCUGUUCAGUGAAGGGCCAGGUGGUGGUACCAGCUGGAUGAGUCGGGGGCCUGGAUCCAAAAGCGCCCCCAACACACAUGUGAAGCCAAAUCACCGACCUAUGGCCAAGAAUUCUUUUUCAGGGCUUUUCGUCCAGUUUCUAGAAGCGGAAUCUCAUUCAGCUUUGCCACCACCAAAGCCCUCUGCUCAUGACGUGAAGCCCCCAGAUCCCGGAGGAAGGGGAAAACUGGCUAUGAAACAAGGCCCAGCACGUCUGAACACUACCCUAGCAUCCACAUCCCGGAAAAAAGAUGUGAAGCCCCGCACCACAACGGUGUCUCUUAUUACCCCACCUGGACCGGAAGCGGAUGGAUCGGAGCACCUUCUUCUAAAUGCCGUCACUGAUGCUUUGCCCACGUACGCACCCCAAAUACUGUCACCUGCGGAGAAGGUUGGAAUGGCGGCCAAAGGCCUCUCAAAGAAAUAGAGGAUUCUCAAGCCAGAGAUGAGACAGUGCUCGGAAGACCCCAAGUCACUCUGUGUGUUUACCUAAUCCCAAAAUGUCCUUUUGCAAAACGUAAUAUAUUUGCAGUCUUGCUUUCAGCUUAAUAAAAAUAUUCUUUUAUGAGUUAACAAAAAAAGGCAUCUUUUAAUGACUGCAGAGGUAUUCACCAAACUGAAAAUGGUGGGUAUUUCUUAUGAGAGUAGACACUGGUGGGGUUGGGGGCUGCGGUCAAUGGUACUUCCAGUAUUGUUUGUAAUGCUUUGAUGUUUUCAUAAGGAGCAUGUAUAUACAUAUACCUUUGGUAAGGAAAACAUCCACUCGUUUUAAUGUUCCCAACUUAUCAAAUACAUGAGCACCCACGCCUUGUUGGAGAAACUGGGUGUAUAGCAUGAAAGUUUAAGAUGAAUACAUUUUUUUAAAAAAUGCGAGUUUGAUUUUCCCAGUUAUGUCCCAUUUCUCUUUCUCCUUUUUUAUUUUUAAUUGUUUUUUCCAUUUCAUUUUAUGUUGCCUGGGAAUCUACUUCAUGGGUAACCUGAUUUAUCUCAGGCCUUUAGAAAUAUAUGUAUAUUUGUCUUUUUGGGCGUAUAGUAUUCUAUGACUUGCUUUUAAAAAAAAAAAAUCACUCUGCCUUCGAGAUCUUUACAAAUGUGAAUGAAUUCCAAUUCAUUCUUUAAAAGGAAAUGCAGGCCUUUGUGGAUAUACCCUAAAUUACCGAACUAGCUCCUACUGAUCAGUAUUUAAUCAGUUUUUACUUCAAAUGUCCAUGGUCAACUCCCUUGUUCCUUUCCUCAGAAGCCACUCCAAAUCUUCGUUUGCAGUGCCAGGCUCAUUACUCCACUAUACUCUGGAA